UAGACCAGAGGUUCCCUAGGUGGCAUGUCAUCAAUAGCUUGAUGAACUUGGCACUUGUGUUCGUCACAUUCAAAUCCGUUAGGCCUGUUAUAUGGACUUGUAGCACAUCCGUCACCCUUGUGGCUGCGCUUGCAAUAGCUUAUGAUAGAAGAGACCCAACAGGGUUCUCGGAAGGGAUCACAACAGGGUUUUUCAUCAGUUUCCUAACACAGCUGGUUGAGGACGACAGCAAUAAGCAUAAACUGGCAGUUCACUGGGGAGUGGCGACCUUCUUAUGUUGGCUUUGUUCUGUUGCACGACCACCACCACAACAAGGUCCACAAAUACAACAAGGUCCAGGUGGUCAGCCACCACCAGUUCUACAACUAGGUCCGCAAAUACCGCAAGCACCAGGUGGUCAGCAACCAGGAGUUCAACAACUAGGUCCACAAAUACAUCAAGCUCCAGGUGGUCAGCCACCAGCAGUUCAACAACUUGGUCCACUACUACAGGCAGCUCCAGGUCAGCCGCAGCAACUUGACCAGGAAUUUUUUUCUGUGUUUCGUCAUCAGGUCUCAACCUUCCGUAACAAUGUCUUGACCUCUCGUUCUCAUAGUACUAGUAGCUCUGACAUUAGACGAAACAAUCUAGGGAUAGUGAUCCAAUAAGGUUUUGCUUAUUUCAGAGGUUUGGGUUAAGCAGAUUUGACUCAUGUGUACGGUGGAUACACUCAAAUGGUAUGCUUAAGAUUUGUUAUAACACUUGGGAUCAGUAGAGUUAGCAGAUGUUUUUUGGGUUCUCCUUUUUCCGACU